UUUCUUUCACAUAAAGAAACUCUUGUUUCAUAGCAAAGUAGCAGACUCUCAAUCCCAUGUUUAGCUGUUAACCACGAUUAAUCAUCAGAUAAUUGUGUCUGAAUCGAGUUAAUCCCACGCACUUGCAAGUACGGGAUAAAAGUUGAAUCUUGGAUAGCCCCCGUUUUCAAAUGGAGUCCCAUCCUCCUCCUCCCCCACCUCCGCCGCCACCGCCGCCGCCAUCUGACGUGCCUUCUCCAACGGGAUUGCUCGCAGCUCGUUUCAAGCCCGUAUGGCGCCUUCUCUUGAUUUCAAACCUCGCCCUCGGUGCUUAUAUCUUCUAUCGAGCUGGGAAAAAGGACAAGAUUAAAGUUGCUGGCCAUGGUGUAGAAGAGAGCAAAGCGGAAAAAGUAGUUUCUGCUUCUCCAUCAAUGAAUAUGGAUACUUAUGCAGAGGAAUCCCUUCUUCAGUCAUCGGGCAUAGAGCCCGUGAAAAUUUAUCAGCCCAUUCCUGAAGAAGAAAAACGGGAGCUAUUCAAAUGGAUUCUAGAAGAGAAAAGGAAAGUGAAACCCAACAACCGUGAAGAGAAAAAGCAAAUUGACGAGGAAAAGGCCAUCCUUAAACAGUUCAUUCGUGCAGAAUCUAUCCCGGAUUUAUAGCUAAUUGUUCCCAUUUCUCCUCAUUGGAUUGUUAGUUAACGUUUUAGCUUACGAGAGCUGCUUUCAGGA